AUGGUUCGUCGCAGCUGGGAGCCUUUCUUUCUCCGCUUUGAAAACCUUUCACCUGAUUAACGUGUUUUAUAAACACUUUAACCUCAGUUUCUUCACAUUUAUACUUUAUAACUUUUUGCCGUAUGGGAUGGAACGUAUUUUCUCCAGUCUACUAUGGAUGAGGAGAUAGAGGAGGGGGGUCCUACCUCUAAGACCGCUCUGUCUGGGGAACAUGGCCGCCAGAGCAAAGCUAAGAGAGCAGCAGCAGAGAGCAGACUCCCCUGGACCCAGCUGUGUCCCCAUGAAGAGUGGCUGGUCUAUGGAUCUUCCUGUUAUCUUUAAAGAUGGAAAUCAGUCUAUCGAGAAAAGAAGAGUCCAGCAGGAGAGAGCAGACUCCCCUGGACCCAGCUGUGUCUCCAUGAAGAGUGACCGCUCUAUGAGACCUCCUGCUAACUUUAAAGAUGGAAAUCAGUCUAUUGAGAAAAGAGUACAGCAACAGAGAGCAGACUCCCCUGGACCCAGCUGUGUCUCCAUGAAGAGUGACUGGUCUAUGGAUCAUCCUGUUAUCUUUAAAGAUGGAAAUCAGUCUAUUGAGAAGAGCCCAGAGCAGCAGCAGAAAGCAGACUCCCCUGGACCCAGCUGUGUCCAUGAAGAGUGACCGCUCUAUGGAUAUACCAUAUCAAUUUAAAGGUGGACGCCCCUCCAGAGAGGAGAGACACCAGAAGAGGUCAAAGGUUACCAGUGCUCAGUCUCUACAGAAGCAUCAAACAGAGCUGAUCAUGAGGGCUGAGGAGAACGCACACGCUUUUCUAGACAAGGAGCUGAAGAAGCUCUGGAGGGAUCUCUUCUCAGAUUACCCACAAUGCUCAGAGGGUCAGAGAGUGGAGGAGGAGGAGGUGGACGGUAAGAAGGAGGAGCAGAGGAGGCGCGCCAUAGAGGGAGUGGUGGACAUCACAAUGCUCUGCCUGAUGGAGAUGAACCAGGAGGAACUGGCCGACAAACUGUUGAGCGGAUCUGAUGCUGUCGAUUGCCAACAUAAAAUCAAGUCUCAUUUGAAGAAGAAGUUCAGGUGUGUGUUUGAGGGAAUCGCUAAAGCAGGAAAGCGAACAGAUCUGAACGACUUCUACACAGAGAUCUUCAUCACAGAGAGAGGCAGUGGAGAGGUCAACAAGGAACAUGAGGUCAGACUGAUUGAAACCGCUUCCAGGAAACGAGCCAUGGAAGAAACACCAAUCAGAUGUGAGGACAUCUUUGAACCCUUACCUGGACACGAUCAACCAAUAAGAACAAUGAUGACAACUGGAGUGGCCGGCAUUGGUAAAACCGUCUUGACACACAAGUUCACUCUGGACUGGGCUGAGAGCAAAACCAACCAGGGCAUACAUUUCACAUUUCUCCUCACUUUCAGAGAGCUGAAUUUAGUGAAAGGGAAAGGGUUUAGCUUGGUGGAACUUCUUCAUCACCUCUUUAUUGAGACCAAAGAAGCAGGAAUCUGCAGAUUCGACCGGUUCCAAGUUGUCUUCAUCUUGGAUGGUCUGGAUGAGUGUCGACUUCCUCUGGACUUCCAGAACAACCCGAUCUGGACAGAUGUCACAAAGUCCACCUCGUUGGACGUGCUGCUGACCAACCUUAUCAGGGGCGACCUGCUUCCCUCCGCUCGCAUCUGGAUAACCACACGCCCUGCGGCAGCCAAUCAGAUCCCUGCUGAGUGUGUUGACAUGGUGACAGAGGUGAGGGGGUUCAACGACCAACAGAAGGAGGAGUAUUUCAGGAAGAGAUUCAGAGACGAGGCACUGGCCAGCACAAUCAUCUCCCACGUCAAGAAAUCACGAAGCCUCCACAUCAUGUGUCACAUCCCAAUCUUCUGUUGGAUCACUGCUUCAGUUCUGGAGGACAUCUUCAAAAAAUCCCAGAUCGAAGAGAUGCCCAAGACCGUGACUCAUAUGUACAGCCACUUCCUGAGGGUUCAGUCCAUACAGGGGGACAGGAAGUACCAUGGGAGAUCUGAAAUAGAUCCACACUGGAGUUCAGAGAACAGGAAGAUCAUUGUUUCUCUGGGAAAACUUGCUUUUAACCAGCUGGAGAGUGGCAACCUGAUCUUCUACGAGGCAGAUAUGGCAGAGUGUGACAUCAAUAUCAAAGCAGCCUCAGUGUACUCAGGAGUGUUCACCCAGAUCUUUAAAGAGGAGUGUGGGCUGUACCAGGACAAGGUGUUCAGCUUUGUCCAUCUGAGCAUCCAGGAGUUUCUCGCUGCCCUUUAUGUCUUCUGGUCCUUUAUCAACACUGGGGUCAAUCUGCUCUCAACCUCGAGGGAAGAUAAACUCCUCCUCUACCAGAGUGCUGUGGACAAGGCCUUACAGAGUGAGAACGGACACCUGGACUUGUUCCUCCGCUUCCUCCUGGGCCUCUCUCUGGAGACCAAUCAGAUUGUCCUACGUGGUCUGCUGGGACAGAAAAAAAGAUCACUGACCACUCAGAUUAAAACAGGUCUGCUGCGAAUGACAGGAAGUAGGUCAGCGACCAAUGAGGGAACAGUGUCACAGAUCAAUGAGGGAAUAGUGUCUUACAUCAAGUUGAAGAUAGAAGGAGAUCAAUCUCCAGAGCGAAGCAUCAAUCUGUUCCACUGUCUGAAUGAGCUGAACGACUGUUCUCUAGUGAAGGAGAUCCAGGCGUACCUGACAUCAGGAAGUCUCUCUGGAGAACCUCUCUCCCCUGCUCAGUGGUCAGCUCUGGUCUUCAUCCUACUGACAUCAGAAGAGGAGCUGGACGUGUUUGAUCUGAAGAAAUACUCUGCUUCAGAAGAUGGUCUUCUGAGGCUGCUGCCAGUGGUCAAAGCCUCCAAAACAUCUCUGCUGAAUGCCUGCCAUCUGUCAGAGAGAUGCUGUAAAGCUCUGGCCUCAGUUCUCAGCUCCAACUCCUCUAGUCUGAGAGAGCUGGAGCUGAGUACCAAUGAUCUGAAGGAUUCAGGAGUGAAGCUGCUCUCUGCUGGACUGGGGAGUCCACACUGUACACUGGAAACUCUCAGCUUGUCUGGCUGCCUGGUCACACAGGAAGGCUGUGCUUCUCUGGCCUCAGCUCUGAGCUCCAACCCCUCCCAUCUGAGAGAGCUGGACCUGAGCUACAAUCACCCAGGAGACUCUGGAGCUGCGCUGCUCUCUGCUGGACUGGAGGAUCCACGCUGGAGACUGGACACUCUCAGUGUGGAGCACGGUGGAGUGUGGAGGCUGAAACCAGUUCCACAGAGAUAUGCCUGUGACCUCACACUGGACCCCAACACGGCUCACAGACGACUCUCACUGUCUGAUGACAACAGGAAGGUGACGCAGGUUGGAGAGGUCCAGUCGUAUCCGGAUCACCCAGAGAGAUUUGACUCCUGGGAGCAGGUGUUGGGUAGAGAGGCUCUGACUGGCUGCUGUUACUGGGAGGUAGAGUGGGAAGGAUGGGUUGAGAUAGGAGUGACAUACAGAGGAAUCACAAGGAGAGGAGCGGGUGGUGACAGCGUGCUUGGAUGGAACAACAAGUCCUGGGUUCUUGUUUGUCCUGAUGGUCGUUACUUUGCCCGGUACAACGGUAGACAGACAGACCUCCGUCUCCGCCCCGCUGGCUCCACCAGAGUAGGAGUGUAUCUGGACCGGCCUGCUGGCUCUCUGUCCUUUUACAGAGUGUCCCCAGGUGGAGGAGGGUCCUCAGACACACUGACACACCUCCACACCUUCUGGUCCUCCUUCACCCAGGAGGACCUCCUCCCGGGGGUGAGGUGUGGGCAGCUGGGGCCGGGGGAGGGCUGCGGGGGGACGGAGCGCGCCACCCCUCCUCGUCCCAGCCGCCGGCGUGGCCGUCGACGGGCCAGACGUCGGAGGGCGGUGGAGGACGGGGUCCCCGAACGGCGCUCCAACGGCCCCCUAUGA